CCUUUCUUGUCUCACAGCCGUACGCUUUCUUUCAUUUCCAUGUUUCUAUCACUGAAGCCCACACACACCAUUUAUUUGUCCAACCGGAGCGUAUAAUUAUAUAAAUAUUUUUGUUGUUGGAAUGGCUCCCAAGGAGAAGGGGACGGCGGUGGCGGUUACGGCGGCGAAACUGCACGAGAUUCGGAAGGAGCAGGUGCAUUUUAGGGGGGUGAGGAAGAGGCCGUGGGGGAGAUAUGCGGCGGAGAUUAGGGAUCCCGGGAAGAAAAGCCGGGUUUGGCUCGGGACGUUUGAUACGGCGGAGGAGGCGGCUAGGGCGUACGAUAAGGCGGCGAGGGAGUUUCGGGGUUCCAAGGCGAAGACUAAUUUUCCGGUGCCGGAGGAUCUCCUUCCGCUCAAUUUCGCCGCGCAAUUGCACGUUAAGAAUAGCGUUUGUGAGAAGAACGCCGGCGGGAGUCCCAGCCCUAGCAGUACUGUUGAGUCGUCGAGCGGCGGCGGCCGUGUCUCGCCGGCGGUGAUGGCGGACUCGUCGCCUCUGGAUCUAAGCCUAGGCGGCCGUGCGCCGGUGAUGUUUCCGAUACAGAAUCACCCCCAGCGCGUGGUUCAUCCCAUGGUUCCCGGCGCGUACCCGGCCGGGGUCUAUCCCGUUAGCCAGAUAGUUUAUCUCAACGCGCUUGCACGUGCCGUGGCGGUGAACCCUCCGCUCAACCGCCAAACCGAGACGCUCAAUUUCUUCGCCCCCAACGCCAACUGUGGGGACCACAGCGACUCCGACUCUUCAUCGGUCAUUGACUUGAACGCCGGCUAUGUCGAACCGCGAAAGGGUGGGCCCAUUAACAAUUUCGAUCUCAACCACCCACCGCCAGAGAGUCUCGGAACCGGCGCUCUUUAAUAUUCUAAACUCCAAUCUCUCGAAAAUCUUUUUUAUUUUUUGUUAAUUUUAGCCUUUUAGGUGUAAUUUCCUUUUCAUUAAACCAAAAAAGGAAAAAGCAAAAAAGAGGUUGUAGGAUAUAGGAUAACGGCGAGUGAUUCCGGCGAUCCAUGAAUGACGCCGAUCAUGUGAAUACUUUAAAGUUGAUCUGAUCUCCCUUUUUGCAACAGAGAAAAAUCCCUAUGGUUUCCGGCUGUUGUUUUCCAGCGCUCAUCUUUCCGAUGAGCCUGCAAUUCUCAAUCUUAAUUACAUCUUUAAUCAGAACAAUUUUCCAGUUUUUACAUA